AUGUCACAAUAUUUUUUUUAUACAUGUCAAAGUGAUGGAAAAGAAAAAAUAUCUUUUACGUAUCCACCCAGUUUAGCAACUUUUGGGGAAAUGAUACAAAAAAAAAUAUAUUUUUUCACACCAGAAAAAUGGUUUUCUGAUGAAUUGUAUACUGAUUGGAGUUUUAUCAAUGAACUAAAAAGAAGAAAUUUGAGUAAGGAGUUUAUAAAAAGAGUCGAAUCUUUAGAUAAGGAAUCUUUUGAUCUGGGCAUACUUGAAAAAAGGACUCGAUUCUCUAAUAAUGAAACUAAACGAGAAUACUUGCCUAAACUAUAUGAUCCUUUCUUGCAUGGACCCUACCGCGGAAGAAUCAAAAAAUGGGGUUCCCCUUUAAGCAUAAAUCAAACUUAUAAAAAAAAAAACACGGAUCCAUUUUGGAUAAAUAAGAUUCAUGCUCUACUUCUUACUACUGAUUAUCACGACCUUGAACAGACACUAGAUACACUCAAUAUAAAAUCAUUAGCAACAGAAAAAGAACUCUCUUUAUUGACAUUGACAGAAGAUGAACAGGGAAAUAUCGAUUCCGAGGAUCGAGUCAAAAUUUUGAAAUUUUUAUUCAAUAUAGUUAUAACUAAUCCCAACAAUCAAACAAUUAGAAAAAAAUCUAUUGGAAUAAAAGAAAUAAGUAAAAAAGUUCCUCGAUGGUCAUACAAAUUAAUCGACGAUUUAGAACAACAGGAGGGAGAAAACGAGGAAAAUGUAACAGCAGAGCAUGAAAUUCGUUCAAGAAAAUCCAAGCGCGUCGUGAUUUUUACUAAUAACCAGGCAAACGCCGAUACUUAUACUAAUACCAAGGAUGCUAAUGAUCCUGAUCAAACAGACGAAGUGGCUUUGAUACGCUAUUCGCAACAAUCGGAUUUUCGGCGCGACAUAAUAAAGGGUUCCAUGCGUGCCCAAAGGCGUAAAACAAUUACUUGGGAGCUGUUUCAAGCAAAUGUACAUUCCCCCCUUUUUUUGGACAGAGUAGACAAACCACUCUUUUUUUCUUUUGAUAUUUCUGGACCGCUGAAACGAAUAUCUCGAAAUUGGAUAUGUAAAACAAAGAAUCAAAAUUUCUGAUUAUACAGAAAAAAGAUCGAGAAAAAGACGAGGCCAAAAGAAAAAUACAAAAAGAGAGAAAAUGAGGAUAGAAAUAGCAGAAGCUUGGGAUAGUCUUUUACUUGCUCAAGUAAUAAGGGGCUCCGUGUUAAUAACCCAAUCAAUUCUUAGAAAAUAUAUUAUAUUACCUUCACUGAUAAUAGUUAAAAACAUUGCCCGUAUGUUAUUAUUUCAAUUUCCUGAGUGGUCUGAGGAUUUAACGGAUUGGAAUCGAGAAAUGCAUGUUAAAUGCACUUAUAAUGGUGUUCAAUUAUCCGAAACAGAAUUUCCAAAAAACUGGUUAACAGACGGUAUUCAGAUAAAGAUCCUAUUUCCUUUUUGCCUGAAACCUUGGCACAGAUUUAAACUACAACCCUCUCAUAAAGAUCCAAUGAAAAAAAAGAAAGGUCAAAAGAAUGAUUUUUGCUUUUUAACAGUUUGGGGAAUGGAAACUGAACUACCUUUCGGCUCUCCUCGAAAACGGCGUUCGUUUUUUGAGCCUAUUUUUAAAGAACUAAAAAAAAAAUAAAAAAUGGAAAACGAAAUGUUUUAUAGCUUUAACAAUUUUAAAAGAAAAAACUAAAUUGUUUCGAAAAGCUUCAAAAGAAACAAAAAAAUGUAUCACUCAAAGCAUUCUAUUUCUAAAAGGAAUAAUAAAAGAACUUUCAAAAAUAAAUCCAAUUCCAUUUUUUGGGUUGAGAGAACCAUAUGAAUUGGGCGAAACUAAAAAGGAUUCGAUAAUCAGUAAUAAGAUGAUUCACAAAUCAUCCCUUCAAAUUCAAUCUAUGGCGUGGACAAAUUAUUCAUUAACCGAAAAAAAAAUAAAAGAUCUGACUAAGAGAACAAACACAAUCAAAAAUCAAAUACAAAAAAUUCUAAUUAUAAAAGACAAGAAAAACGAAUUUCUAACUCAAGAAAUAAAUAGUAGUUCUAACAAAAUAAGUUAUCAGGAUAAAAUAUUAGAAUCAUCAAAAAAAUUUUGGCAAAUAGUAAAAAGAAGAAAUAUUCGAUUAAUCCGGAAAUUCUAUUUUUUUAUAAAUUUUUUCAUUGAAAAGAUAUACAUGGAUAUUCUUCUAUAUAUCAUUAAUAUUCCAAGAACCAAUACCCAACUUUUUCUUGAAUCAACAAAAAAAAUGAUUGAGAACUUCAUUCACAAUAAUGAAGCAAAUCAAGAAAGAAUUAAUAAAACAACUAAAAAUACAACUCAUUUUAUUUCAACUAUAAAAACCUCACUUUCUUCACUUUCUAAUAUUAGUAUUAGAAAUAAAAAUGAAAAAGCUUUUUGUGACUUAUCCUCCCUCUCACAAGCAUAUGUAUUUUACAAAUUAUCACAAACCCAAGUUAUUAGUUUUUAUAAAUUCAAACCUAUCCUUCAAUAUCAUGGAACAUCUCUUUUUCUUAAAAAUGAAAUAAAAGAUUAUUUUGAAGAACGGGGAGUAUCUCAUUCCAGAUUAAGACAUCAUUAUGGGUUAAGACAGAAAAUUGUUUGGCAUUCUGGAAUGAAUGAAUGGAAAAACUGGUUAAGGAGUCGUUAUCAAUACGAUUUAGUUCAGAAUAGAUGGCUAAAAUUAGGACCAGGACAAUGGCGAAAUAGAGUCAAUCAACACUAUCUGGCUCAAAAUAAACAUUUAACAAAAUGGGAUUCAGAUGAAAAAGAAAGAUUAAUUCAUUACGAAAAAAAAUGAUUUUCAAGCGAACUCAUUACUAACUCAAGAAUAUAAACUGAAUCAAGAACAAAAAUAUAAAAAUCUAAUUUUAAAAACACUAUGGAUAUGAUUUUUAUCAUAUAAAUCUAUUAAUUAUCAAGAUAAGAGGACCCGUAUGCUUAUGGAUCACCAUUCCAAGUAAAUAAGAGGAAGAGAGUUCUUAUCAUUACAACAUGGAUAAACAAAAUUUUUUUGAUACACUGAGGGAUAUCCCCAUCCAUAAUUAUCUAGGAGAAGGCGAUAUCCUAGAUGCUAUGGGGAAUUUUUCGCACAGAAAGUUUUUUAAUUGGAGAAUUCUUGAUUUUUGUCUUAGAAAUAAGGUCGAUAUUGAGUCCUGGGUCGAUACCAGUACCAAGAGUAAGAAAAAUAUUAAGACUGUGGUUAAGAAUUAUCAAAUAAUUGAUAAAAUGGACCUUUUUUAUUUCACAAUUUAUCAAGAUCAAGAAAGCAACCCAUCCAAUAAAAAAGGAAGCCAUUUUGAUUGGAUGGGACUGAAUGAAGAAAUACUAAGUCAUCCUAUACCGAAUCUAGAACUUUGGUUCUUCCCAGAAUUUGUGCUGCUAUAUAAUGCAUAUAAGGUUAAACCAUGGAUCAUACCAAUAAAAUUACUUCUUUUCAAUUUUAAUGGAAAUAGGAACAUUAAUAAAAAUAUUAUUGAAAAUAAAAAAGGACUCCUUAUAGCACCAAACGAAAAACAAAUUAUUGGAUUAGAGAAUCGAAAUCAAGAAGAAAAAGAACCCAUAGGUGAAGGGGGUCUUGUAUCAGAUGCACAAAAACAAGGAAAUUUUAAAUCCGUUCUCUCAAACCAAGAAAAAGA